CAGAGCCGCAUUCCAGUCCGUUCAUUACGGCGGGGAGCCGAGCUAGCACGCGCUCACCACAGCGGAUACGCUCUCGAGGUUUGGGGGAAUUUUAGCUAUGGCGAGGACGUGUACUCCGAGGAUCACUUGAAAGAAAGGCCUGUGGAUGUCGAGUUGUUGCAUAUGAUGAACUAAAUGACUGCUUCGAGAAGAGGAGAGAAAAGGACACUGGAUCAAUAAGAGCACUAUUUCUGCACUCUCUUGUUGUUUGGAGAUAUAUAUAUAUAUACAUAUACAUAUAAAUAUAAAUCUAAAGUACAGGGGUAGUGUAUAAGAGACUGACGCAGAGCCCAAUCUACCCCUGUGUGGAAUAGAGCUGAUAUGUGGUCUCAGCCAGGGGCACACUGUGCCCUUAUUGGGCUGUUCACCCUCUCCUUCAUCCUUUUACCUUGUGGAAGAGCCACAGAGCCUUUCCAAUCCUUCUCUCCAUUAGAAUGGGGCUUGACCCACUUAGCCAUUCAUAAUACCACUGGUGAGGUGUACGUUGGUGCUGUUAACUGGAUCUACAAACUCUCAAGCAACCUGACUAUGCUGAGGAAUCACAUGACUGGCCCAGUUGUGGACAAUGAGAAGUGCUAUCCUCCUCCGAGUGUCCAGUCCUGCCCCCAUGAGCUGGCUCAAACCAACAACGUCAACAAGCUGCUGCUGGUGGAUUACGGCCAGAACCGCCUCAUUGCCUGUGGAAGCGCCUCGCAAGGUAUCUGCCAGUUCUUGCGCCUGGACGACCUCUUCAAACUGGGCGAACCCCACCACCGCAAGGAGCACUAUCUGUCCAGCGUGGCCGAGUCGGGGACCAUGUCGGGUGUCAUCAUCUCCGAAGGUACUCUCAGUAAGCUCUUCAUCGGCUCGCCCAUCGACGGCAAAUCCGAAUACUUCCCGACCCUCUCGAGCCGCAAGCUGAUGGCCAACGAGGAGAACGCGGACAUGUUCAGCUUUGUCUACCAGGAUGAGUUUGUUUCCUCGCAGCUCAAGAUCCCUUCAGACACGCUGUCCAAGUUCCCGGCCUUCGAUAUCUUCUACAUCUACGGCUUCAGCAGCGAGCAGUUUGUAUACUACCUUACUCUGCAGCUGGACACUCAGCUGACCUCGCCAGACGCCAGCGGCGAGCAGUUCUUCACUUCCAAAAUCGUGCGGCUUUGCGUCGACGACCCGAAGUUCUACUCCUACGUAGAGUUCCCCAUCGGUUGUACCAAGGAUGGCGUGGAAUAUCGCCUAAUCCAGGACGCCUACCUGAGCAAGCCGGGCAAACAGUUGGCUAACUCUCUGGGGGUGUCUGAGAACGAGGACAUCCUGUUCACUGUGUUUUCUCAGGGCCAGAAAAACCGGGCCAAACCUCCGAAAGAGUCAGCGUUGUGUCUCUUCACACUGAGACGCAUUAAAGAAAAGAUCAAAGAGAGGAUCCAGUCCUGCUACAGAGGAGAAGGCAAAUUGUCUCUGCCUUGGCUAUUGAACAAGGAACUCGUAUGCAUCAACUCGCCCCUACAGAUUGAUGACAAUUUCUGUGGCCAGGACUUCAACCAGCCUUUGGGUGGCACCACCACCAUCGAGGGUAUACCACUAUUCAUAGAUAAGGAUGACGGCAUGACCUCGGUGGCAGCUUACGACUACCGCGGCAACACCGUGGUGUUCUCAGGCACACGCUCCGGCCGCCUAAAGAAGAUCCUCAUCAACUCUGUGAGCUCCUACAGACCAGCACUACUGUAUGAGAAUGUGGUGGUUGGGGAGGGCAGCCCUAUCCUGAGAGACCUGCUCUUCAGCCCUGACCAGCACUACAUCUACACACUCACCGACAAACAGGUGAAGCGUGUUCCUGUCGAGAGCUGUGAUCAGUACACUACGUGUUCCGAGUGUCUGGGCUCCAGAGAUCCUCACUGCGGCUGGUGUGUCCUGCUCAACGUCUGCUCCCGUAAGGACCGAUGCGAGCGGGCAGAUGAAUCCUGGCGUUUUGCCUCCAGAGUGGACCAGUGUGUCGACUUGACUGUUCAACCCAACAACAUCUCUGUCACCAUGUCUGAAGUCCAGUUGGUUCUUCAGGCACGGAAUGUUCCGGACCUGUCCGCAGGCGUGAACUGUUCCUUUGAAGACUACACCGAGACCGAAGCCAGGAUACAGGCAUCUCGUAUCUACUGCCUCUCCCCCAGCACUAAGGAGCUCAUCCCAAUCACUCGCCACCAAGGUGAUAAACGUGUGGUGAAACUCUACCUGAAGUCAAAAGAAACAGGAAAGAAGUUUGCUAGUGUGGAUUUCGUGUUCUACAACUGCACUGUCCACAAAUCGUGCUUGUCCUGUGUGAACGGCUCCUUCCCAUGUCACUGGUGCAAAUAUCGCCAUUUGUGCACGCAGAAUGCAAACGAGUGCUCGUUCCAGGAAGGCCGGGUCAACAUGUCUGAGGAUUGUCCUCAGAUCCUGCCCUCGACUCAGAUCUACAUCCCGGUGGGAGUGACGAAGCCCAUCACUCUGGCUGCCCGGAACCUUCCACAGCCGCAGUCAGGCCAAAGGAACUACGAGUGUAUCUUCCACAUCCAGGGAGAGACCCUCAGUGUCACGGCCCUGCGCUUUAACAGCUCCAGCAUCCAGUGCCAAAAAAUCAUUUAUAAUUACGAGGGAAACGACAUCAGCGAUCUGCCAGUGGAUCUCUCCGUGGUUUGGAACGGAAACUUUGUCAUCGACAACCCCUACAACAUAAAAGCUCACCUGUAUAAGUGCUACGCUCUGAGGGAGAGCUGCGGCAUGUGCUUGAAGGCAGAUCCACGCUUCGAAUGCGGCUGGUGUGUGCAAGACAAGAAGUGCUCACUUAGGCAGGAGUGCGCGUCACCCGAACACACGUGGAUGCACGCUUCGACCGGCAAUAGCCGCUGCACACAUCCCCGCAUCACCAAGUUGUUUCCUGAGACGGGGCCGCGCCAGGGAGGCACACAGCUCACCAUCACCGGAGAGAACCUGGGCCUGCAGUUCCGUGACAUCCAGAACGGCAUCCGCAUCGGGAAGGUGGCCUGCCAGCCUGUCGAGGAGGAAUACAUCAGUGCUGAACAGAUUGUGUGUCGUGUUGCCGAUGCUACAGGCUAUCGGGUGCAGGAGGCUCAGGUGGAGGUGUGUGUGAGAGACUGUCAGCCCGAGUACAGAGCCGUCUCCCCUAAAGCCUUCACCUUUGUGUCUCCGUACUUUACGCGGGUGAUGCCGUCCCGCGGUCCGUUCUCUGGCGGGACAAAGAUCACAAUCCAUGGCAGUCACCUGAACGCCGGUAGCGCUGUGUCCGUCAAGAUCGGUCUCAAUACCUGCCGCUUCGAGAGGCGCAGCGCGAGAGAGAUUGUGUGUGUAACUCCAGCGGGUUCGGCAAUCGGCGGCACUCCGGUGAUGGUGGACAUUAACUUCGCAGAGCUGAGGAACCCUGAGGUGAAGUUCAACUACACGGAUGACCCAACGAUAUUGAAGAUCGAACCCAACUGGAGCAUUACCAGCGGUGGGACUCCUCUGACUGUCACUGGAACUAACCUUGCCACCGUUAAGGAGCCCAAGAUGAGAGCAAAGUCAGGAGCCAUCAGAUCUAUCAAUAACUGCACGGUGGUCAAUAACACGGUGAUGGUGUGCCUGGCGCCCUCGGUGGCAGGUUCAGACUCUGAGAGAAUUGUAUCGGAGGUGGGCACCAGUCCAGACGAGAUAGGCUUCAUUAUGGAUAAUGUCCACUCACUGCUGGUGGUCAAUGAGAGCUUCACCUACUACCCUGACCCUGUGUUCGAACCCCUCCCUCCCACCAUGCUGGAGCUCAAGCCAGGUUCACCUCUCAUUCUCAAGGGGAAGAACUUGAUCCCGGCAGCUCCUGGUAACGCCCGGAUGAACUACACCGUUCUGAUAGGAGACGAGCCGUGUGUGUUGACCGUGUCGGAGGCUCAGCUGCUGUGUGAAUGGCCUGACCUCACCGGCCAGCACAAAGUCACUGUGCGUGUUGGAGGGUUCGAGUACUCGCCUGGUACGCUGCAGAUCUAUUCGGACAGCCUGCUCACUCUGCCCGCCAUCAUCGGCAUCGGGGCCGGAGGAGGCCUGCUGCUGCUCAUCAUCAUCAUAGUCCUCAUUGCAUACAAGCGCAAGUCCCGAGAUGCCGACCGCACACUCAAACGCCUGCAGCUGCAGAUGGACAACCUGGAGUCCAGAGUGGCAAUCGAGUGCAAGGAGGCGUUUGCUGAACUGCAGACUGACAUCCACGAGCUGACUCAAGAGCUCGACGGAGCAGGAAUUCCGUUCCUGGACUACCGGACCUACGCUAUGAGAGUGCUCUUCCCUGGCAUCGAGGAUCAUCCUGUGUUAAAGGAGAUGGAGGUGCCGGCUAACGUGGAGAAGGCCCUGACGCUGUUCGGGCAGCUCCUGAACAAGAAGCACUUCCUGCUGACGUUUAUCCGCACGCUGGAGGCCCAGCGCUCGUUCUCAAUGCGCGACAGAGGCAACGUGGCCUCGCUCAUCAUGAGUGCACUGCAGGGGGAGAUGGAGUAUGCUACAGGAGUCCUCAAGCAGCUGCUCUCUGACCUCAUCGACAAAAACCUGGAGAGCAAGAACCACCCCAAACUGCUGCUCCGCAGGACGGAGUCUGUAGCUGAGAAAAUGCUGACAAACUGGUUCACCUUUCUCCUGUACAAGUUCCUGAAGGAGUGUGCAGGCGAACCUCUCUUCAUGCUCUACUGUGCAAUGAAGCAGCAGAUGGAGAAAGGGCCGAUAGACGCCAUCACAGGAGAGGCGCGUUACUCUCUCAGUGAAGACAAACUGAUCAGACAGCAGAUCGACUAUAAGACCCUGACACUGCACUGCGUCAACCCAGAGAACGAGAACGCAUCAGAGGUCACGGUCAAAUGCCUGAACUGUGACACCAUCACUCAGGUGAAGGAGAAGCUGCUGGAUGCAGUGUAUAAGGGCAGCCCCUACUCUCAGAGACCCAAGGCAGGAGACAUGGAUCUGGAAUGGCGUCAGGGUCGAAUGGCUAGAAUCAUCCUCCAGGACGAAGACGUCACCACCAAGAUCGAUAAUGACUGGAAGCGCCUCAAUACGCUCGCUCACUACCAGGUUACAGAUGGCUCAGUGAUGGCUCUAGUCCCUAAGCAGAACUCUGCUUAUAACAUCUCCAACUCCUCUACGUUUACCAAGUCCCUCAGCCGAUACGAGAGUAUGUUGAGGACAGCCAGCAGUCCUGACAGUCUGCGCUCGCGGACCCCCAUGAUCACUCCGGAUCUGGAGAGUGGAACCAAACUCUGGCAUCUGGUCAAAAACCAUGACCACUCAGACCAGAGGGAGGGAGACCGCGGCAGCAAGAUGGUCUCUGAGAUCUACCUGACCCGCCUGCUUGCAACCAAGGGUACAUUACAAAAGUUUGUAGAUGACCUGUUUGAGACCAUCUUCAGCACGGCCCACAGAGGCAGCGCACUCCCUCUGGCUAUCAAAUACAUGUUUGACUUCCUGGAUGAGCAGGCUGACAAACACCAGAUAACAGACCCAGACGUCAGGCACACGUGGAAAAGUAACUGUUUGCCAUUGAGGUUCUGGGUGAACGUGAUAAAGAAUCCUCAGUUUGUCUUUGACAUCCAUAAGAACAGCAUCACAGACGCGUGUCUCUCUGUAGUAGCUCAAACCUUCAUGGACUCAUGUUCUACAUCAGAACACAAGCUGGGCAAAGACUCGCCCUCGAACAAGUUGCUCUACGCUAAGGACAUCCCCAACUACAAGAACUGGGUCGAGAGAUAUUAUUCUGACAUCUCUCGGAUGCCAGCGAUCAGUGAUCAGGAUAUGAGUGCGUAUUUGGCAGAGCAGUCUCGCCUUCACUUGAACCAGUUCAACAGCAUGAGUGCCCUGCAUGAGAUCUACUCCUAUAUCACCAAGUACAAAGACGAAAUCCUGUGUGCGCUGGAGCGGGACGAGCAGGCACGCAGGCAGAGGUUGAGGAGUAAGCUCGAGCAGGUGAUUGACACCAUGGCUCUGAGCAGCUGAUCAGGGCUCCGAGCAUUCACGACACACAAACUGAAGUCACACACUCCCCCGAAACACACACUGCAAAGAACUGGCGCAGUACACUGGAGCUACUACAGAGCUGGGCGCACACUAUUCGUCUGUGUGUGUGUGUGUGUGUCUGUCUGUGUGAGUGGGGGGUGGGUGGGUGUCAACAUGACGACACAUCACGGAAAACAUUUUGAUUGUUGUCAUUAGUGUAUAACCUUUUUAAUUAUUAUUUAGUUGUGAUUUGUGUGUGUGCUGGACCUCUUCACACGUAGAUACACACACACACACACACACACACUUUCUGCCCAUAAUUUUUGAAGACUCAAGAAGGAUGAAUUCUGGGAUGCCUACACUCCAGCCAUGCCUAUUUGGUCAGGUGUUGUCAUGACACACCCCGAGAGUUCUCGCAGAAGAUAAAAGGACAUUUCGAUUUGUGUGAUUUGUUGUUGAUUUUUAUUUUUAUGUUGUACAAAUGUAACGGACUGCCCUCUCUCUGCUCUUUUUUGCCACUCGUGUUACUGCUGAAUUUGCACAGUUUACAGAAAAAAAGUACAAAGGACAAAUCUUCAGAUAUUAUAUAUGUAUAUAAAUACUGUUACAUUUUCAGCCAAGUGAAAUCUACCAUUGAGAUUUUUUGCUAUGUUAUCACUGAAACACAAAUAGAGUCAACAAAGAUGAAUUAGAUAUUUAAGCAAAAGAAAAAAAAAUUACAUAGGAAGGAAAAAAAAAAAAAAUAAGAAAAUGAAUAAAAUGUUGUCCUGUGCCAUGUUUUAUUUGAAUGUCGUUUAGUGAAGAGACAUUUUGUUACAUGGGAAUGUGCUAUGAUUUUUCUUUUAAUAUGAUCUCUUGCCUGAUGACUGAAAAAAAAAAAAAUUUGUUUGGAGUAGAUAAAUAGUGCAGGUAAGCUAGGAUUAUCCAGAGUUUAGAAGUUAAAGAGCUCACUCUCGGGCUCUGUGAGAACCAAAUGCCGCUCGUCUCCCUCCGUCCACCGCGAUGUGUGUGACGGGUUGCCGCUCUUUCUCCAGUAUUCUUCCUCGUCAUGCACGAUGCAUGUGGAGGAAGAGCAGUAGAUUUACGCCAGCUCCUUUUUCUCUCAGUUUCUUGUAUAUAUGAGAGAGAGAGCGUGCAAGAGAGAGGAGGGUGAAGCUCAUAGCUUCAAGCUCAGAUUGGUGAGCGAGUAAGGGGAAGGAUGAAGGAGAGAUGGAGACUGAGAGAAAGAGGAGCUUUAGCCUCAGCUCAUUAAUGAGACAGGGCUAAGUAAUCCUGUUAGCCUCUGGCCUGACGCCUCCAGUGUGUGUUUGAUUUAGCCUGCUUCUUUAUAGAUGAUCUUUCUAAUCUCGUACGAGAGACGUGAUCUCUGACGAGAGGCUAUCUUAGAGUGUUUUUUUUUUUUUUCUUUUUCCUUUUUUCCUUUUUUGUUUUUCUUCCCAAAAUUCUUGCUUUAAUUUGCUUGCCUAAAACCAAACUGUGAUCUGUGGUGGAUUUGAUUUGGUGUUUCAAUUUUGUACUGCUCCAUUUUGUUAUCCCGCCUCUGAAUGUGCUUUACCAUUUGUACCUGAAAAGCUGUGUUUUUUGCUCAUCAUUUCUCUCCAUCAAACGUACAUGGGUGGUGCUGUGUAAGGUACGACUAUUUUUAAUUUAUAUGGGAGAAAAAAAACAAAAACAAACACAAGGUCACAUCCCAGCCUUGCUGGUGUGCCUGUAGCCCUGUACUGAGAGAGAGAGAGAGAUUAUGUGAAGUGUUGUCAGGCUUUUUGCUGGAAUAUUUUGAAUGGGACAAUGAAUUUCUGUUGAUGUUUAGAUUUUCCCCUUUGCUUAUGUAUCAGUGUUGUCUUCUAAGUUAUUACUUUUUCUCUUCCAUUCCCAAAAAGGCUUAGGGUACCAUCAGGUUCCUCAAACAUUCAGUAGAUACUUUUUUGCAAAAGUAUUUUUUGGACCAAACCAUCAGUUAAACACAGGUUCAAACAGGGUUGUUUUCUGCCUAGAGCACAUCAAGCCCUGACUCGAGUGCGAGGGCGAGCUGUCAGCGCUGGUUAGCCGGCCAACGUCCGCUAGUUCUGACACCUUCAUCCAUUUUUAACCAAGGUGAACGUGUGGGGAGAGAGAGAUAUCGAGAGACAGGCCGACGGAGAAAACCGCUUAGCUCGCAGAUGUGGCUACGCAGUGGGCCGUGUGUGUGUGCAUGUGUGUGGGUCUUUCUUUCUUUUUAAAUAGGCCAGUAUCUUCACCCUGCCAUAAGAUCUGGCCUAAUGGAAAUAGAUUAGCUUUGUGCAAGGAGCCCUGAAGCCGUUCCGCUAACCGCUAGCUGAUGAGCUAUCAGACUUAUGUAAUCAAAUGAAUUUUACAUUAGUCUACAUAGCGCUACACAGCUCAGCCUGUGCUCCUCACUCAGCCAGAGCGAAUUGAGAUUCUGUACAGCUGUGGCGAGAGUCGAAAAAGCGCUUCAUGAUUUGGCUCCGUCUGAGCCGCGUCGAGCUGCGUGUUGGGCUGAUGAUGGUGUGAAGAUGCAUCCAAACAUCUCAGGAUCUCCCUUUAGUCUCCUGUGUUGAUGUCGCCUUUUGGCUGUUCGAGAUCACACGUGUGAAAGAACAGCAAGUUUCCAAACUUUUUCCGAUUGGUGCGAGUAAGAGGCGCGUCUCACAGACUUUCGGGAGCGUUUUAUGUUUACUUCCACAUUGUGCACCCUGUGUAGAGAUCAAUGGAGCAAUCCUUUAUUUUCUCUCAGCGCUCAUGCUGAUCUGUAUAAAAAGGGUGAUGGUAAUAGCGGUGAGUUUUCAGCUGGGGAAAGAAAGCAAGCGUGCACUCGCUCCUUCAGGAU